UGCUGUGUGUGUGUUUGAUUGCACAUAGGUGGAUAUCACUGAAGUUAAAAAAGAAAAACAAACAGGAAAAGAAGACAGAGCGUCGUCUUCUUGGUUGCUGUUUUCAGCCGUCGUUCCCACUCAUGGGGAAAACCAAAGACAAGUCUGGGCCUCUGGCUCGGAGGCCGGACAACUCGGCUUUCAAGCAGCAGCGGCUCCCCGCCUGGUCUCCCGUGCUAACCGCCAACACUGUGCUGCCUUUCUUCUACCUGCUGGCUGUGAUAUCCAUGCUGCUCGGAGUGUGGCUGCUUCUCCUUGUACAGAGCACGCAGGAAAUAAAGCUGGACUACACCGAUCUGGGAAACUGUAAUGAGUGUUUCGACCUGCGUCGAAAUGUGAGCAACGCAGCGCAGACCUGCAGCUGUCGGGUGGAGUUUUCAAUUGACAAAACAUUUAAGGGCGAUGUCUUUUUCUACUACGGUCUCAAAAACUUCCAUCAGAACCUACGCAGGUACAUGGACUCCAGAGAUGACGGACAGACGGUGGGAUGGAUAAAAAAGUUAAAGAACCCAAGUACUUAUUGUGAGCCGUUUGCAAAAGAUGAGGACGGAGUCCCCAUUGCUCCCUGUGGAGCGGUCGCCAACAGUAUGUUCAACGACUCCUUCACCCUGACCUAUCACUCCUCCAGCGGCCGUCGUGUUCCUGUUCCUUUGCUGCGGAAGGGCCUCACCUGGUACACAGACAAAAACGUCAAGUUCCGCAACCCAAGGACGGACAAUCUAACUCUUGCUCAGGUGUUUGAAGGUACGAGACAGCCUCUGUACUGGCAGAGGCCUGUAUACAGUCUGGACCCACAUGACCCGAACAACAACGGUUUUAUUAAUGAGGAUCUGAUCGUCUGGAUGAGAGAGGCAGCUUUCCCCAACUUCAAGAAGCUUUAUGGGAUUUUGAAUAGAGCAGACGCCAACUUUGAAAAAGGGCUUCCGAGGGGAAACUACAGCAUCGAUAUAUCCUACAACUUCCCUGUGCAGCACUUCAAGGGCAGAAAGGAAGUGGUGCUGACCACGCUGACCUGGUUCGGAGGCCAGAACCACUUCCUGCCGAUUGCUUACCUGGUAACCAGCAGCCUGAUCCUGCUGAUGGCCGUCGUCCUCACCGUGGCCUGGUGGAAGUUCGGAAAGGAUGGGAAGAACAUGAAGGAAUGAGGCAUCGAGGCGUCAAGAUGCUGAGGACUGAGACUGAUGAAGGAAUGAGCCGAUACUCAUGCUGCUGAGAAGGUUCGCAAACCAGAGAUGGGGGAGACAAAGUGAAAAAAAUUCAUGGAGUUUUAAUGCCAGUUUAAAAGAGCUAUCAACUAGUUUAUCCAUUUGCUUUGUUGUGCAAAUGUUAUAAACUAGUUGUUUUAAGAGGAAGUAGUCAUGCUGCAUUUUAGACCGUAGCGUUUUUUUAUUUAAAGACGUCACAUUAGGGCCAUGCUAUACUGGAGACAAAGGUGUCGUAACAUGGAGUUUUUCACAUCUUUUUGCUAAAGAAAGUUAAGUAAUUAAAGCACUUAUUCUGUUGUAUGUUUUAAAGAAAAAGAGUAAUUUGGGAGAUGUGAAUUGUGUAUUUAGAAUAAAGUCUAAAGGAUUAGAGUUAAACUGAAAAUCCUAGUUUCUAAGAGAUGAGCUGAUGACUGGUCCCAAUUUUUCAGCGGUCAGAAAUAAAAGUAAAUAAUUUUUUUUCUUUCAGUGAACACAUCGCUAGCUGUGAUUUUCAAACUGAUGCACUAGAAUCUCACCGUUUAAGGAAAUAUUUCUGUCCAAAAACUAUACUGAACUUAGUACGUUUUUUUUUUUUAACUGAUAUGUUAUGUUCAGAGUAUAAAUAUAAAAUUAAGUAAUUUUAUAAACUUGUUGGCUCUUUGUGCAGAAACUCUUGUACUGUGAAAGGUAAAACUUUUCUUGUAAUUAAGGCUGACACACCAGGUGCUUUUUAAUUUAUUCCAAAGUGCAGAACCUAAUUGUUUGUUUUGAAAUAAACACCAAUUCAUAUUAGAAAAUUCUACAAAGAAACUCUUAUGUGAACUUUUAAAUAAACGUACUACAUUUUGA